AUGUCAAGUGCUUUCCAAUUAAGUGAUGAUGAAUUUAGUAGCGCAACCAAUUUCAGCUUCCCUAGACCUGUGACGUCAGAAUCAAGUCCGGAGAGGAAAGGAUGCAUCACUCCACCUGAGGAAUAUCCAAGACCCAAUCUGGGCUUUGGAUAUUCAGACAAUAAAAUUGGAAGUAAGAGUAUUCACAGGCGGCAACAAACUCCAAUUUCAUUUAAUAUUCUGGAUAAUAGCCAGGACCAACCAGAAUACACUAAGACAUAUUAUUCACACAGAUUGUCGUCCAUUGAUAUCAUGAACGAUACUAAAAAUCAAAUUAGAAGAAAUAGUACUGGAAUUUUCAGUAGUCUUGGAGAAUUUGCUAAAUUGAACAAGAUAGACACUGAAAAUAAAAUAUUUGCAAAUUGUCCAGAAUCUGGGGAUUGUAAUAAUUUCCCAAAGAUUGAUUUAAAUGUAUCCAAUGAAAAAAUCAAUGAAAAGAAGUGA